UACAAGCAACGCGCGUAGGUCUCUAGCGGUGCCAAUUAAUCAAUGGGUCCACUUCACCGAACCUACCUACCUAACUAUAGUAGGUAUCUCCCCUACAGUAGGUACCUAUAUCGCGGGGCAGCCUACUGCGGGGUAGUUGAAGCUCUCCACUACCUAUGAGGUACAUGUAGGUACCUACUUGGUCAGAUGGUCCACUGCUUGAGAGCUGCUGGAGGGAGGAUUGCCCACAGGCUGUCUCAAUAGCUUCUUGCUUUUGCUCAUCAUGCUGCCUACCGUACCUACAUAAUGGCCGAACUUAUACAAGAUUUGAUUCCAGAGAUCACAGCAGGGGACCAUGAGGCCUAUAUGAGGCUGGCUCUCUCUCUCGCAACCAAAUCACCCCCCAAACCCACCAACUACCGUGUGGGUGCCGUCAUGGUCGAUACAGACACAAACGAGGUUCUCGCUACUGGUUAUACACUGGAGCUUCCGGGCAACACUCAUGCAGAACAAUGUUGCAUAGAGAAGUUGACUCGGAAAUAUAAAGCUACUGGAACACAUUUGGGCGAGGCUCUGCCUGGCGCCGUUGCCCUCUACACCACAGUGGAGCCUUGUUCGCAACGGCUGAGCGGCAACACAGCCUGCGUCGAUAGGAUCCUCUCGGUUGGGAAGCGUAUCAGAACGGUCUACGUCGGCGUGCAGGAGCCCGACACCUUUGUUACUGGGAACUCAAGCCGGCGGAAGCUUGAAGAGGCUGGUAUCCAAGUACAAUUGGUCGGCGGAUUGGAAAAGGACAUCUUAGAGGUUGCAACUGCUGGACAUACGACACAAUCUUGAUGGAUUGAAUCGACAACUACAUUAUAGUUUACAUGGCAUAGCAUCGAAAAUUAACUUCUGUUUAAAAAUAUAGACUCAAAGAUGUCUUCGAGCAAUUCCGGUAUUCCUAGGCAGGUAUUAUAUUCUAAAAAAUUAAGUGAAACCUUGAAAUCAAUUAUAUUAUACAAUCCAAGUUCAAUUAAAGUUAGAGAUAGCUUCUCAAAUCAAUGGUUAGCUAUUCUCUUGAUCGGUUUGAAUCCUCCCCCCCUCUUUACCCUGGCUGCCUGCAGUUCGAUAAUCUGGAAGUAGGUACCUAAAGCACUGCUUGUCUCCUCUAGCUACGUCCUACAUGGGCACCUAAAGCCCGGCUUUAGUCCCUUACUUUAGGUAUCUAUGCGUCCUAACGUCCCAUACAGCGCUGCAGCCGCUCACGUACCCACCUAAGUACUGUGUAGAAGACUCAGGUGUCUUUUGGUGCGCUGUCCAACACGCCAGCUACCUAGGUAGGCUGGAGGUACCUUCUCCACCAACGUGGCUAUCCGCAGUAGAUAAAACAUGCCAGCAGCCGCCUGUAU